UCGAAAUGGCGGAUCGAGACUUCGUAGAAGUAACUGAUAAUGGGGAGUCCCUCUCAGGUGCAUCGCUGCUAGCGUCUGCCCUGAAGAUUCAAGGUGUGGAAUACAUGUUUGGAGUUGUAGGAAUACCAGUCAUAGAGAUAGCAGGGGCAGCGCAAGCAGAGGGAAUCAAAUACAUUGGUAUGAGAAACGAACAAGCGGCGUGUUAUGCGGCAUCAGCGGUUGGAUAUUUGACUGGACGACCUGGUGUUUGUCUUGUAGUUUCUGGUCCAGGAUUAUUGCAUGCUCUUGGAGGAAUGGCAAAUGCAAUGAGUAACUGCUGGCCUGUGUUAGUGAUCGGUGGGUCAAGUGAUGUUGAUCAAGAAAGCAUGGGUGCUUUUCAAGAAUUUCCACAGGUUGAAGCAGCAAGACCUUACAGCAAGUAUUCAGCAAGACCAAGCAGUGUAGGAGUGAUACCAUUCUUUGUUGAAAAGGCAGUGCGGACAAGUAUGUAUGGAAGACCUGGUGCAUGUUAUCUGGACUUACCAGGGAAUAUGAUUACAGAGAAGGUUGCAGCCUGCAAGGCAAGGAAAAUUUGCUGUUCACCUCCUCCACCCAAGUGUCUAGCUGAUCCAUUUGCUGUUGACAAAGCUGUCCAGGUUCUCAGUGAAGCAAGAAAACCUCUAGUUAUAAUUGGAAAAGGUGCUGCAUACGCAUGUGCUGAGAAACCUCUCCAGGAAUUUGUAGAGAGAUGCAAGUUGCCAUUUCUCCCCACCCCCAUGGGGAAGGGAGUGAUUUCUGAUGAACAUCCCCUCUGUGUAGCUGCAGCCAGAUCAAGAGCCUUAUCUCAAGCUGAUGUGAUCUUUCUGUUUGGUGCAAGAUUGAACUGGAUUCUUCAUUUUGGGAAACCACCAAGAUUUAGGCCUGAUGUUAAAAUAAUACAGAUUGAUCUCCAUGCAGAGGAAAUGAAUAACAAUGUACGUGCAGAGGUUGUGCUUUUGGGAGAUUUAAAUAGAGUAGCAGAACAGCUGGGAGAAGCAGUAAAGAGGAAAUUUGGAGAAGAUCUAGCAAAUCCAUGUGGUUCCCCCAGCUGGAGAAAAGAACUCAAGGAAAAGUCAGAAACUAACAAACAAGUCAAUGAGGAACUUGCCAACGAGACUUCUGUUCCAAUGAAUUACUACCAAGUUUAUGGUCAGCUCACAAGGCGUUUACCGCGUGACUGUGUUGUAGUUAAUGAAGGAGCAAACACAAUGGACAUUGGACGAACCAUGAUACCCAAUCACCUCCCUCGAAACAGGCUAGAUGCGGGCACGUUUGGUACAAUGGGAGUGGGAACUGGUUUUGCCAUCGCUGCUGCUCUGUUAGCUGAGUCCGAAGCUGAUGACAAAAAUCCCCCCAGGAGGGUGGUGUGCGUCCAAGGCGACAGUGCUUUUGGUUUCUCAGGAAUGGAGCUUGAAACUGCAUGCAGAUACAAUCUGCCAAUCGUCUUCAUCAUAGUAAACAACAAUGGUAUCUACAACGGAGUGGACGAGGAGAGCUGGGACGAGUUGGGAGUCAAUCCUGCAAAAAGUGCGCCUCCAACAGCUCUUUUACCCAAGGCACGGUAUGAGAGAAUUAUCGAAGCAUUUGGAGGAAAAGGUUUCUUCGCAGAGACUCCGGAUGAACUGAAGAAAGCGUUGGAAAGCGCUUUCGUCGAGACGGGAAAGAAUAAGAAACCAGUGUUGAUCAACGUCAUGAUAAGCCCCUAUGCCGACCGCAAACCGCAGCGCCAAAUCAAUUUGGCUGGGGAACGGAGGGACAGUGGGUCGUGGUUACAAAAUCUAACUAUAUUUGUUUACUUUAUUCUCGAUACUGAAGUGGACAUAUUUGGCGAGAGCAAGGAGGAGAGAUUUCUAAAACCCUUAGCGUCUAGGAGGCUAACUAAUGUUAUGUUCUGCAUUUGCUUUACAGGAGUUUUUCUGGCUCACUCGUUCAAAGAUGUGAAUUUUAUUGCCAUGGGAAUCACCGCCAGAUGA